UUCACUCAUGCAAUGUUUAAAGCCUCACUGAGCACUGGAAGCCUACUGGUGUUAUAUGCGCUUGAACAUGCGUUUUUACUGGCUGAUGACUGUCUUAUGUGCUCUGCUGAAGGGCUGUUAUGGAGUUCAGAAUGGUGCCACUGAACUGUCGGAUGACAUCGUGGCCUCUUCGCUCCAGGAAUCUCAAACCAAUGGCUCUGUAUCUGUGAACGAAGCUCGCGGUGGCGGAAGACGCGCAGAAAACACAGCGCAAAGAGAGCAAAGCCAGUUGGGCUGCAGAGAGCUGCGCUCUACCAAGUACAUAUCAGAUGGUCAGUGCACAAGCCUGAAGGCAGUGAAUGAGCUGGUGUGUGCUGGUGAGUGUCUGCCUGCUCACCUGCUACCCAACUGGAUUGGAGGAGGAUACUGGGCACGGCGGGAUGUGUCCGAGUGGAGGUGCGUGAAUGAGCAUGUACGCACGCAGCGUGUCAAGCUCUGGUGCCGUGAUGGAAGUACACGCACGUACAAGAUUGCUGCUGUGACAUCCUGCACUUGUAAGCGCUACACACGACAACACAAUGAGUCAGAGCUUAAGCCUUCAUCUAAGAAGUACACCUCGAAGAAAAGCCGUGGAGCAAAUACAGAGGCGCAAAGCAUGGUUUAGUUCAUUCUCACUGUCAUCACCUUUCUGUACUGGAAAGCCACUGAUUUACAAAAACACUGACUCAUGAUAAGAUAUUGAACUUGUAAUAGGAUCUCUUAAUGAUGUCUGCAUUUUCUAAUAUGUUUACAAUUAAACAGCAACUCUCCUUCAAAGCAAUACAUUUAACAGUCUUUCAUUUAGUAGAAAUUAUAUUGAUAACACUUUGGAAGGAGGUUUUUACAUUAUUUUCUUCAAGUCAAGUCAAGAAGCUUUUAUUGUCAUUUCAACUAUGUAUAGCUGUUGCAGCACACAGGAUCAUCGAGAAAGGUUGUCUCAUUUCACUGUGUACUGCAACCAGCUCUUCUGAAAUAACGUGAGAAAGAGCAGCAUAUUAAAUUCCGACCUCAUUUAAACCCCGAGGUAAUGUUAACUUUGGGUAUUAAUGAAAUGAAAACAUUUUUAAUCAGAGAAAUUAGGCUUCACGUGUGAAGAUAUUAAGACUUCAUUCACUGGCACAAUAUUUCGCAGUGUCAAUGUCCUGUUUAAUGUUUUUCAAAAUAACCUACAUACCCAUUUAUAUAACCAUUGUUGGCAAAAUAUUUGCUUUGGGUGCAAUAAAUCUGGUAACUUCUUUCUCAUGGUUUUUGUCAAUAAUUUUGCACCCAGCAGCCAUAAGUUGUUGUUCCAAGGGUGGAUUUGCUACCCUCAGCCCAAGGCAUAGCAGCUUCUCUCUGUGGUAACAUGUUACUGAACAGUUGUUUUUAUUCUAGGCCCUUUCAUUCCACAUUUUUAAAAGCAACACUGUUUUGCAAUUACACAGUUCCUACCCCACGGCCUCUGUUUUGAGCAGUUCAUCAAGAGUUUUCCAUUGACUAUAGACAGCAGUCUAGUGACUCUGAGCACAAAGCAUUUUGGGUGGAGAUGAAAUAAGUUCAGUAUGAAUAAAAUAUGGGAA